UUUGUUUGUUUGUUUGUUUGUUUGUUUGUUUUUACACACUCUUAGGGGAAAAAUACAUACAAAUUUGUAGACAUGAUAAAACUUGUGGUGCAAUUCACACAUUGCUAUAUAAGCAUGGCUGAAUGCUAAAAAUUUCAGGCAGCCUCCAACUUUUUAUCCGUUUAUUAAGCUCACAUUAGUAGUUAAUAGAAUCUACAAAUAACUCUUAAAUUGAAUGGAACAAAGAGGUUUAGUGGAAAAAGGUAGAGUAACGUGGGAUAUGAUGUAUUUGAUACUAUCACUUUCUACAAGGACACUCAUUCAGGUGUUGUCCAUGGUGCAGAGAAGAGUUGUUCCGAUUUCUGAUGUUAAGCUUUUCAGAUACCUUUGGUGUGACCUGAUGGCUGCAGGAGAAGCAACUGUUUUCACUGGCCUCUGCAUUGCGCUCUUUUCACCACGUGGCGUCGCUGUUGGUCCAUUAGUUACAGCCCUGCUCUUUAAUAGAACUUGGCCCCUCCCGUUUACAAGCGAUAUGAACGAUUUCUGUCUUUGUUAUAAGACUCAAACGACGGUGGAACAAACAGAGUACUACAGUCAAAAAGCUCCCUGAUCGUCCAUUCUUUCCUAAAUAUCUGAAUGCCACUGGAGCUCAAAUUUAUGCUUUGUUCAUAUUGAACAGAGAUGUCGCCCUUUAAAUUGAGCUAUUUUGGGAUGUAUUUGUGCCUUUUUCUACUGGAUGUUUACUGGCAGACUGUGGCUGGGCAGCUCUCCUAUUCAAUCUCAGAGGAGGUAAACCCGGGGACUCCUGUUGGGAAUAUCGCUAAGGAUCUAAACCUGAAUUCACAAGAGUUGGAAUCUCGAAUGUUUCAAAUCGUUACUGGAUCAAAGAGAAAAUUUUUCGAGGUAAAUCUAAAGACUGGUGUUCUGUAUGUCAGUGAGAGAAUAGACAGAGAGGAGCUCUGCUCGGAGGAACUAAAAUGUCCAGUAAGUGUAGAAGCCGUAAUAAAUAACCCAUUGAAGCUUUAUCGUAUUGAUGUAGAGAUCUUAGAUGUAAACGACAAUGCUCCUUUGUUUACAACCAAACUGCAAAAUUUAUAUAUUGCAGAGAGCACAUUGCCUGGAGUGAAAUUUGAAUUAUCCGAAGCAACUGAUGCGGAUAUGGGGAAAAACGGAGUAAGCACUUACAAAUUAAGCCAAAAUGAAAAUUUUUCGUUGGCCGUGCACAAAGCAGGUGACCGUGUGUCUGCUGAGUUGGUGCUGCAGAAAGCCUUAGACCGAGAAAAGCAGGCAGUCAUCACUAUGACACUGACAGCUGUAGAUGGAGGGACCCCACCGAAAUCCGGCACCUCGCAACUCGUUAUUAAUGUAUUAGACAUUAAUGAUAAUAUUCCGAUCUUUAGUGAAUCCUUGUAUAAAACAAAAAUUCCAGAAAACAUUCCACUGGGGUUAAAGGUAAUCACAGUGAACGCCACUGAUGCAGAUGAGGGUUUAAACAGUGAGAUUGUAUAUUCGCUGAGAAGCAAAGACCAAGAUCACGUACUUGAUGUAUUUGAAAUUGAACCUCAGACUGGUGUCAUUAAGGUCAAAGGGAAAAUAGACUUUGAAGAGAGGAGGGCUUUUGAGGUACGUGUUGUGGCCAGUGAUAAAGGGCAUCCUCCGAUGUCCGCUCACUGUAAAGUGCUGGUAGAAGUGGUGGACUUAAAUGAUAAUGCUCCUGAGAUCACGGUGACGUCAUUACAUAGGAAGGUAAAAGAGGAUGCUCCUGUAGGCACCGCAGUUGCACUUGUAUCUGUCCUCGAUAAAGACGGUGGAAAAAACGGUGAUGUGGAGAUCCAAAUUAAAAACAAAGCGCCAUUCAAACUCGAAACUAACUACAAAAAUUAUUAUUCGCUGUUAGUUGAUGGACCUCUAGACAGGGAGAAAUUCUCUAUUUACAAUGUCAAUAUAAUCGCUAAUGACAAAGGGAUUCCACCACUUACCAGCACAAGUGUAGUUUCCAUACACGUUUCUGAUGUCAAUGAUAAUGCACCUCUGUUCACGGAGGCCGUAAUUAAUGUUUAUGUGAAUGAGAACAGUCCAGUGGGAGCAGUCAUUAAAAGAGUGACUGCAACUGAUGCAGACAUAGACCAAAAUAGCCAAAUCAGCUAUUCAUUGUUAAAAAUUGGCAAUAACCAGCUGCUGUUAUCUACAAUGAUUAAUAUCAACUCGGAGACAGGAGAUAUAAUCAGCCUGCAGUCUUUUAACUAUGAGGAGUUAAAAACAUUCCAGUUUAAAGUUCAGGCCACAGAUUCUGGUGUUCCUCCGCUCAGCAGCAACGUCACUGUCAACGUUUUAAUCCUCGAUCAAAAUGACAACAGUCCUACGAUUCUCGCGCCAUAUUCUGAGCACGGCUCCGUUAACAGUGAGAGCAUCCCCUACUCUGCUGAAGCGGGAUACUUUGUGGCAAAGAUCAGGGCUGUAGACGCAGACUCUGGAUACAAUGCGCUGCUUUCUUAUCACCUGUCUGAGCCCAAAGGAAACAACUUGUUCAGGAUCGGAACCAGCACCGGGGAGAUCAGGACUAAGAGGAGAUUGAGUGACAAUGACCUUAAAACUCACCCCUUGGUGGUCUUGGUCUCUGAUAACGGAGAACCCUCCCUGUCAGCUACUGUGUCUAUUGAUGUGGUGGUGGUUGAAAGCACGGCUGAAAUCCAGACUCAGUUCAGACAUGUGCCUGUAAAGGAGGACAGCUUCUCGGAUUUGAACCUGUAUCUGCUGAUCGCCAUUGUGUCGGUGUCCGUCAUCUUUCUGCUCAGCCUCAUCACUUUAAUAGCAGUCAGAUGCCACAGGACAGACGGCACUUUCAGCAGGUACAGCGCCCCCAUGAUCACCACCCACCCUGACGGGAGCUGGUCUUACUCUAAAGCUACUCAGCAGUAUGACGUAUGUUUCAGCUCAGACACGCUCAAGAGUGACGUAGUGGUUUUCCCCGCCUCGUUUCCACCAGUAGAUGCAGAACUGAUCAGUAUUAACGAAGGAGACACUUUUACCAGGACUCAGACUUUACCUACCAAAGAAAAGGUGAGUCCAUGAAAU